UCUCUCCCCCUGCAACUCAAAAGCCUACCAAGAGCAAUUCAGUCUCUUCUUUCCUACCUUUCACACGCAUUCUCACAUGGGUCUUACCGGUUUUAGCUUUGAGCUGGUGUCGCCGGUCGACCCGGCUCGAAUGUUCAAGGCCUCAGUCGUGGACGGGCACAAUCUCGUCCCGACAAUCCAGCCUGAGGUUGUGUCCAGCGCCGGUAUCCUCGAAGGAGACGGAGGGCCUGGCAGCGUCAGGCAAUUCAAGUUCACCGAAGUAAUUCCUUUCAGCCACGUCGAAGAACGCAUCGAAGUGCUCGACGAAGACAAGUUGGAGUACAAAUUCACCAUGAAAGAGGCCACGCACACUGGCGGUCGAGUCAUUUCAGCUACUUACAACAUGAAAAUCGAGCCAUCGGCGGAUGGUGGAUGCAUUUGCAGGACAACUGCAGAAUACAACACUGGUGGUGGAGUAAAAGCUUUGGAUGAGGAAAUCAACUCAGGAAAAGAGGGUGUGAUGGGGAUGUUCAAGGCCAUUGAAACCUAUCUCAUUCAAAACCCUAGUGCAUAUAGCUAAAGCAGGAAUUUUGGUAUACAUGUAUGGAAAUUCAAACCAAAUGAAUUUUGGGGCCUAUUUGAGAUGGCAGAUAUCAUAAAAAGUCCAUGAAUGAUCAUAACCAACCAAUUCACAGAUUUCAAAUGAAUGGUUGAGAAUAAAAUGAUUACCAGUUCCAAUACAAUGUGUGAAGUCAGAUGGUUAAGUUCAUCCCAUCAGUGAACUUUUGUGAUACUUUCCAUCCAUGAUGGGGGCCAUGAUUCCAACGGACCGGGUUGCUUUACAUGUAUGCUACUUCAAAGAUGUAUGGUGAGAUAAAACCAUCCAGCUCAGCUUUUGUUGUUAUGUUAUGACCAGGGCCUUUGUUA